AUGGAAGAACAAGAAGGACACAAAACGGAAAACGGGCAAGAAAAGCCAUUCUCCCUGUUUGGUAAACCACAGUGGUGUUCCACCUGUGAGUUGUGGAGACCGGAUCGGACACAUCAUUGUCGUGCGUGUAACGUUUGUGUUCUCAAAAUGGAUCAGGUGAAUGGAUGCGUUGGGCUUGAUAACCAUCGAUAUUUUAUACAAUUUAUUUGCUAUACAUCCAUGCUUGGCACCUGGGUCUUUUGCACCACUUUGGCUGCCGUUGUCCGACAAGGAUUGGUUCGUUGCUGA